UAGCUAUCGAAAAACACAAGAAAACAACACAAUUUGAACAGAUUUUAUAAAAUAUGUGCGUUUGUAUUCCUCAAUAUUUGUAGCGUAGUUAAGGGACACCUACGGAAGUGACCAAGAUGGAGAGGGUGGACGACGUAUUUUGGCAUGACGCAAUGUCCUAGCGCCUGGCAACACACCGCCAUCCGAAAUGAAGCUGCUCCAUAAAGACAUUGAAAAAGAUAAUGCCGGCCAGGUCACUCUGGUUCCAGAGGAGGCGGAGGAUAUGUGGCACACUUAUAACCUGCUCCAAGUUGGGGACAGCCUGAGAGCAUCCACUAUCAGGAAGGUGCAAACAGAAUCUCCCACUGGAAGUGUGGGCAGCUCCAGAGUUCGGACUACACUUACCUUGUCUGUAGAGGCUAUUGAUUUUGAUACCCAGGCCUGUCAGCUCAGAGUAAAAGGCACUAACAUAGUGGAGAACCAGUAUGUCAAGAUGGGGGCCUACCACACCAUCGAGCUUGAGCUCAACAGGAAGUUUACUCUUGCUAAGAAAAGCUGGGACAGCAUUGUGCUAGAUAGAAUUGAGCAGGCGUGUGAUGCUACUCAGAAGGCUGAUGUGGCUGCUGUGGUAAUGCAGGAGGGUCUUGCCAACCUUGUGUUGGUCACCCCUGCCAUGACCCUGCUCCGUGCAAAAGUAGAGGUCACUAUUCCUCGCAAGAGAAAGGGAAGCUGCACACAGCAUGAAAAGGCACUUGAGAGGUUCUAUGAAGCUGUGAUGCAGGCAAUUCUUCGCCACAUCAAUUUUGAUGUGGUUAAGUGCAUCUUGGUUGCCAGUCCAGGGUUUGUGAAAGACCAGUUCAUCGCCUACCUUUUUAAAGAGGCAGUGCGACAUGAUAACAAGGUCCUUCUUGAAAACCGACCCAAAUUCAUGCUUGUCCACUCAUCAUCAGGUCACAAGUACUCCCUCAAAGAAAUUCUUUCUGAUCCCACUGUGACAAGUAGGCUCUCUGACACCAAGGCAGCAGGAGAGGUGAAAGCCCUGGAAGAUUUCUACAAGAUGCUCCAGCAUGAACCUGACCGAGCUUUUUAUGGACUGGCUCAUGUAGAAAAAGCGGCUGAUGCCCUUGCCAUCGACACCUUGUUGAUAAGCGAUAAACUGUUCAGACAUCAAGAUGUCGCUACAAGGAGCCGUUACGUCCGGUUGGUGGACAAUGUUAGAGACAACGGUGGCAAUGUCAGAAUAUUUUCAAGCCUUCAUGUAUCUGGGGAACAAUUGACCCAGUUGAGUGGCGUGGCGGCCAUCCUGCGAUUUCCCAUUGCUGACCUAUCUGAGACUGAAGAAGAUAGCAGCUCAGAUGACGACUGAUCCACAGAGGUCUAUUUUGGAUUGAUCAAGAAAAGGUUGACCAAGCGUGCAUCAACAUAAAGCUGCUGUGUAUGGUUUGGUUUUGUGCAGCCAACCUCUCAACACCAACACCUCUCACCAUUUAUUUAACGCCUGUUUAUUUCUGAAUAAUCCAAUGCAGUUUUUGGUGCUUUGAUGCUUUUGGUUUGAAGGUGACAGUGUCUUUUAGUGGCUUUCACUAAUGCCUGAAAGCCUCAGCUCAUAGGAAUGCCAGUGAAAUGAUUGUUGCCAAGUCCACAUUAAUACUUCAGAUCUUAUAAGUGAAAUUCAGCAAUAGAGGAAAUUAUGAGUUUUCUUUCUAAAUGUAUAUACAAUAUAUCUUUGUUGCAAAUAAAUAACAGAAGCAUUGA